CGAUCGAUCGCUCAUCAGCUGAGCUGUUUUAACGAAGAUGGCGACUUCCAUGGGCAGCAAUGGGGCUACGCCUUCCGCGAGCAGGAUGCCUGAUUUCUCAAUUUUGAAGCAGUUAUCGAGAGAACAUUUAGGUCACCUUCUUGAGUCAAUGCCAAACAACAAAGACCUAGUGAUUGAACCUGAUCUGAUGAAGCCGCUCGAUAGGAUAGCUGGUGCACAGCUCCUAAGGAAACAUGGUGUUGAAAAGAUUUUCAAACUAGAUACAGACACACUAGCUGGAGGAGGAUAUGGACGCAUGUAUUUGGUCAGGCCAUCUGUCCCAGUCGUGAAGCAGAUAGCAAGUCAGAUUCGGAGUGACAAAAUAAACGACAGGCAAAGGAAAUAUUCAAUUAUUUUUGUUCCAAGAAGGCUUCAUGUUUGUGAUCUGAUUUUGGAAGAAGAAGGUGUCUUUGCAGAUGUGACGAUGGAAGAGUUUCAUCUAGAUCUCUUUCCUCUGGACUAUGACAUCCUAUCGCUAGAGCUACCAAACUUCUUCAGAUUAUUCUUCCUCGAUGGCGACCAAACGUGGAUCCAUUCGGUAUCUACAUCCUUAGCGAGCAUACAAGCCUUAUAUGGAACCAUACCCCACAUCUACUACACAGGAAGAUGUUCUAAGAUGGUUUGGGAUAUGAUGAACACUUUACAAUCCCUCCAAGGAACUCCAAUGAAAGCUCCUGUGAAGAAUGAGAUUGGCCAUCUCUUCUUGAUCGACAGGGAAUGUGAUAUGGUCACCCCCAUGUGUACGCAGACCACCUACGAGGGCCUCGUGGAUGAGACCUUUGACAUCAGCAGCGGUUAUUGUGAAUUCGGUCCUGAAGUGACGGGUGGGAAGCCUCUCAGAUUGCUUCUCACUGUUGAGGAUCAGCUCUUUGAAGACAUCCGCAACCGCCAUAUAUCAGAUGUCUUCACUUACCUGAGUUCUACAACAAAGACAGUACAGACGGGGUAUAAUAAAGGGAGACAGUUAAGUUCAGUGAGUGACAUGAAGACAUUUGUACAGUCUGAAUUGAAGGAUCUGAAGCAGAAAUAUAAAUCACUCACAAUCCAUAUUGGAGCAUGUGAGGUGAUCAUGAAUCAGAAAAAUACUCAGCUGGAUUUUGAUGAGCAUCUUCAAACUGAACAUGCGUUGCUUGAUGGAACAAAUAUGAAAGACAACUACACAUUCGUUGAGGAACAAAUUGACAAGCAGAGUGAUAUUUUCAAGAUGUCUAUAACAAGAACCCUCAGACUGAUGUGUUUACUGUCACUAACACAGAAUGGUUUACCCAGCAAAGAAUACCAGACAUUACUGAGGCACUUCCUUCAGAGUCACGGCUAUGAGCACCUCCUAACCUUUGCCAAUCUGAAGAAACUGGGUCUGUUUGUUGAGCAGCAGCCAGUAGAGAUCAACAUGGGAAAGAUGACUGUCUCUGGGGUCACCACCAAGAUCAGUGGUGUAGCGGACAAGGCCAUGAAGAGGGCGGGCUUCAGGCAGCUUUCAAGGAAACUCAACUUGAUUCCCAAGGCUUCUGAAGUGAACCUUAAGGACCCAAAUGACAUGUCUUACGUAUUCAGCGGUGCCUAUACCCCCAUCACAUGCCGAUUGGUUGAACAGGUACUUUCAAGAGGGAGUUGGGCCAGUCUUGAUGAUGUGACCAAGUUAUUACCAGGACCAUCAUAUGCUACACACAAAUCGACAUCUGUUAAAGGUCAUACAGGAAGCAGUUCCAUCAGUGGCCCUCCCUCAGAGAGGGUUGUAAUGGUGUACUUCAUAGGAGGCUGUACCUUUGCAGAAAUCAAUGCCCUGAGGCUUCUUGGAAAAAUGAAGAAUUACACUUUCAUCAUUGCCACUACAUCUGUUAUCAACGGCAACAAACUGAUGGCAUCUAUCAAGGAGCCUUGUUGAUCUAUCUAUGAUGCAGCUUGAAGGACACAAGACUUUUAACAGUUCCAAGAACUUCAAAGGCAUCACCAAGGACAAUGUUCAACUCAAUGUAAUGGGUUGUCUGUGGUGGUGUCGCUCAGUAUCAUACACAGUGAGGGUGCGGAAGGGAUAGUUGGCCCUGUCUCCAGUAAUUGUCAAAGUAUUCCCUUUUAUAGUAUUCCCUUUUUGUUUUCACAAAAGUCUGGGACUUACAGCUACAAUAGUUCCAAGAAUUGUAGAAGCACCCCCAAAGACAUCACUUAGGACAUUUUACAUUUCAGUGUAAUGAAUCUUCUGUUGUGGAUAGCAAGGCUCUCUCAGAUUACGCUCAGGUCCAUAGGCAUAAGCAGCGAGGGUGGUGCAGUUAUGAAAGUUAACCCUGUCCUCAGCAAUUUUCAUAAGCCUACCCCUUUUUUUAUUGCAUAUUUUCACAAAAGUUUUGACACCCAGCUACAGCAGAAGCAUCAGUAUAGACAUCACCUAGGACAUUUAACAACUCAGUGUAUUGGUCAUUCUGUGAUGGUACUGGACCAGAAUUAAUAAGGCUGUUGCGGAUCAAGCCCUUAGCCAUGAGCAGUGAGGAUUAAGAGGGGGAUAGUUCUUCCCAUCCCCAAAAUAUUUUUAAAGAUCAUAUUAUGGAAAUUAUUGGUUUACAUCACUGUUGAAUCAAAAUAGAUUUGUAUAAUAACAGUACUAUAUUUGUAUGAAAUCUAGCUGUAAAGAAGGCCAACAUUUAUACCACAUCAAUUUAUUUAUAUAUUAAGCACAUUUUAUGAAAGCGAAAUCCUGUCUAACCAAGAGUUGUGAUUGAUCCAAUUAACGUCAACUAUAUGGAAAUCCAUCAAUCCUACCGGGUACCAUGCAUAUUUACAUGUUGACGUUGCUGGCUUUCCAUAAUUAUGGUUGAUCGCAAGACUUUAUAAGACGGCCCAGCUGAUUGGUGAAAAUCAAGUUACGCUAAAUUUCUAGAGUUAUGUUUGUUUGCAACUCUUUGUGCCAUGGGUCCCAAAUUAGGAUGUAUGGCACAUUUUUGAUAUCAUGGGAGGAAUAUGAAAUUCACAACCACUACAUCUCAACCACUUUCUCUUUCUAUAUUAAUUGUUAUUGAAGUUUAAAGUAACUAUUGUUCAGCCUGUAUAUGGUUUAAAGAUAGGAAUUAAAAUUCAAUUUGUUGAUAAAAUGAUGAAAGGUUGGUUACUUUAAUUUUUACUAUUAUGGACCCUUCACAAAGAUUUAUAUAAUUAGCUCAUUGAAAUAAAGAGAUAAAUUAAUUCAUUCUAGAUCUAGGUGAGUAUGAAAGGGUAAAAUUUGACAUUUCUGUAGUUUGCAAAUUAUGCCAGUGAAUGAAAGAUGAAUAAGAAAAUUUGUUUGCUAUAUGAUUCAUUAAUUUAAUGAGAACAAAAUCCUCAGUUCGUUAUACAUGGAUGGGUAGGAGAGGAGGAGGCCACGCAGAGAGAAGGGACCCCGCCCCCCUCCAGAUUCAAAUUAUUCAAAAUAGUUGAUUCAGUAAGUCAUUUUCUUAGAGUGAAAUAAUGUAUAGAUACUUGUCUGCAUGAUUUUUAUAUUCAAACAACUUGAAUUAUCCGGUUAUUUGUUAUGCCUUUGCCACCAAAGAGGGAUGGUUUGUGCAAUAAGUUUUUUUUUUAUUUAAAUGAUUUUUAGACUUAUUCUAUCAUAUAGGCAGGAUUUUUAAUCAAAUAUUUGAGAGAAUAAUUCAAGAAAAAUGAUAGUUAUCCAACUGUAUUAUUGUCUGUUUAUACUUCAUAUAUUUCUUGUUCCUUAGUAAUCUUUUUUAUUUUCAUUAUGAAUAUAUAUUUUUCUUCAUCUCUUCCUUUCCAUUUCUUGUUCAUUAUAGAAAUUGUCUUUCCUUUUUUUUCUUUUAGAAAUUAUUCUUUUUCUUUCCAUAAUACGUUUUGAUACAAUAUUUUACAUGUACAAGUAAAUAGACAUGAUGUAUUUGUAUAUUGUGCAAUGAAAAUUUACAAAUCAUGCUCUGAUGAAUAAACUAUAUUAAAUUAACAAGAAA